AUUUUCAGUAAGACAUGUCUUCCAAAAGACCCAUCGCUUACCUAACAAGAAUUGAAUGCUUCAGCUCUUCGCAUAGACUCCAUAGUAAAUGUUUGAGCGAUGAAGAGAAUAAAGAGCUUUUUGGAAAGUGUAAUAACAUAUAUGGACAUGGCCAUAACUACAAAGGUACAAAGAUCAUGUUAAAUAAAUAACUGAGAAUGAUAAAAUAAAAUCUAUAAUAAAUUUGAAUUACUGAAUUUUUUGAAAAAAUUAAGCGUUUAGCUGCUUAUAUUUCUUAUUAUUACGAAACAGUUGAAGUGACCGUAAAAGGACCAGUAGACCAAAAUGGUCUUGUGAUGAAUAUUACUGAUCUUAAAGAAAUUAUUCAGAACAAAGUUAUGUGUAUCGUUGAUCACAAGAAUCUGGACGAACAAGUGGACUUUUUUGCGACAUAUACAAGUACUGCGGAAAAUAUUGCCUACUUUAUAUGGAAAAGUAUAGUAAACGAAAUUCCUAAAGGAGUUCAGCUUCAUGAAAUCAAGCUACAUGAGACCGAUAAAAAUAUCGUAGUAUUCAGGGGAGAAUUCGAAUAAUCAAGCAUUCUAAAUUUGAUUCCAAUGAAUUUAAAUAAUACUUAAUUGUCUUAGUACAUUUAGGAAUGGAGUAUUUUAUUUCUAUUAUUGAAUUUUAGGUAUUUUAGUGCACUGUUUUUUUCAUUUCAGUACGCUCUCAUACUAUAUCAAGUCAAUCAAACAAACUAUUGUAGGUCAAUUGAUUAUUGUUAAACAAAUACAUUAAAUAAAUACAAUGAUAAAGUUUACGUUAUAUUUAUAAUUGAAAUAUAAUAUCCAAAUUUUUCAUAUUUUUAAGAAGUUGAAACUGACAGUUUGAAAAUAGAAAAUGAAGAAAGUUAUCCUUGUAACUGGUUUUGGAUCUUUCGGAGAUUAUGUUGAAAAUCCGUCUUGGCUAGCUGUUAAAAAAUUGCAUGAGAUGGGUAUAGAAACUGAUGACUUCUUGCUUGUAAUUCAGGAGGUGCCAGUUUCGUAUGAAACAGUUAAGAAGACAGUCCCAAUGCUUUGGAAAGAAUAUAAUCCAGAGUUAGUGAUUCACGUGGGAGUUUCUGCUAAAGCUAAUUGCAUUACAUUGGAAGAAUGUGCUCAUAAUUGCUCUUAUAAUUUAUGUGAUGUAAAUUCUAGUCUCCCAGAAGGUAAUGUAUGUAAAGAGAAUGGAGAAGAUUGUAUUCAUUCUAAACUUGACUUGAAAAUAAUUUGUACCAAUAUGAAUGAAAACUAUCCAAUUAAGGCAACAAUUUCUAAUGAUGCUGGAAGAUAUUUAUGCGAGUAUAUCUACUACAUGUCAUUAUGUGAAAAUGAUCGCCGGACCUUAUUUAUUCACGUACCACCAGAGAAUAAACCAUAUACAAUAACAGAAUUGGCAGAAGGAUUACGUUUCGUUAUAAACGACAUACUAAAACAAAUUAAAUGA